AAGGAUACAGCAGGGAACCAUUGAAGAUUGCAUAAGUUAAUUGAUAUUUGCCGAGAAACAUGAAUAUGAAUCACAUAAGUACAGCACAUUUGUUUGAGAAAAUGACCGGCCAUUUAUGAAUAAUGUGACAUCUAGGGUAGCUAGGGGUCAUGGCAGAAUACGGGUGGGGCCUCACCCCGGAACUGGUCUCCAAGGCAACCACCGAACUCAACGAGAGGCAAGAACUGGUGGCUGAUGCGGUAGAGGCUGUCAGAGACCAAAUGGAGACUAGACCAGAUAUAACUUUUUUACGAACUGAUGAUGCUUUCAUUCUUCGAUUUCUAAGAGCCAGAAAGUUUGACACAUUUGAGGCCUUCAAACUGUUCGGCAGAUAUUUUGAAUACAGGCAAAACCACCCCAAUAUCUUCAAAGACUUCAACACAGCUGAACAUAGUGUUAAAGAAGCACUAUUUGAUGGAAUCCCAGCCGUGUUAGAAAAGCCAGACCACUUUGGGAGAAGGAUUAUAGUGCUGUAUUCCGCUAACUGGGACAACACUCGUUAUGGUCUUGCAGCAAUAUAUAGGGCAAUUCUGCUGACCCUGGAGAAACUGAUUGACAAUGAAGAGUGUCAGAUAAAUGGAUUUGUGAUUAUUGUAGACUGGAGUCAAUUCACCUUCCGACAAUCAACAUGGUUGAACCCUAAAAUACUCAGACAAAUGAUUGAAGGUUUGCAGGACUGUUUUCCUGCGCGUUUCUCAGCGGUUCAUUUUGUGAACCAGCCAUGGUAUAUUGAGGCAGUCUUUAAAAUGGUGAGGCCCUUCCUGAAGGAGAAGAACAAAAACAAGAUCCGUUUCCAUGGUAUCAACCUGGGCACGCUGCACACAGAGAUCCACAAGGAGGUGUUACCUGCAGAGCUUGGUGGCUCAGAGCCCCCAUAUAACAAUCAGUGCUGGGCCCGCAAACUGACAGGCGACGAGAACUUCAGCUUCAGCGAUAAACACAUCUACUGGCCUAGCCAGAGUCAAAUUGUGUCAAGGUCAAAGUCAUUCCCGGCGGAUUUCUACUCACCAGAGAAGCCUGUUGAAGACACACUGGCUGGAGGAGAUAACAAGCCUGACCGUGGAACAUAUCUGGACGAAGAGUUCUUUCUCAUUGACUAAACAUACAUUGGUUGUUGGUAGAAAUGUAUGGGGGCACCUGGAUCAAAUUGUACUUAUUAUAUCCCCCCUCCAAUAAGUGAAGUGAGGGUAUAUAGGAAUCACGCAUGUUGUCACAUCUGUCCCAUAUUUGUCCGGUCAAUAUCAUUCUUUUUUAUUAAUUUUAAAAUUACCAAAAGUUUAAGUAUUUGUCUCUUACAAUAUCUGUGUCCCUACCUACAAGGUCAAGGUCAGAGCAAUCUAUUGAACUAAAUAUAUGUCCGUUGGUUCGUCCCAUGGUUGUCUGAUCAAUAUCUUUCUCAUUCAGGGUCAGAUUUUAGAAUUAUUUUGCAGAAGUGACUACUUUAGCAUGAGAAUGUGUCUCACACAAGUGUUUUGACCCUAUUUUCUAGGUGAAGGUCACAUCAACCUUUUGAACUUGGCAUUUUUUGCUAUAUACCACUGAUAAGCCUUACUGACAAUAGUUUGUGUCCAGUCAGUAUCUUUCUCAUUUAUGGUUGGAUUUUGAAAUUACAUGGCAAAAUUUAUCAUCAUGGCAUGAGGAUGUGUUGCGCACAAGACCCAUGUACCAACUUUAAGGUUAAGGAAUUAAAGGUCACAGCAACCUUCUGAGCUUAGUAUGUAUCAGUCAGUCUGCCGGGUCCAUAUGUUUUUCAUUCAAAGUCAGUUAAAAAAAUUAUUUUGCUGAAGUGACCACAAUAGUAUAAGGAUGACUCUUGCACAAGACUGUGUCCCUUCCUUCAAGGUCAAGGUCACAUCAACCUUCUGAACUAAGUUUGUUUUACUUUAUAAGCCCUAAUGAUAAAAGUUUUUGUCAAGUCAAUAUAUUUCCUAUACUAAGCUGGAUAUUAAAAGUAUUUGGUAUUCCAACACCUGGGUGUGCGUAUGUGGGGUAUUAAUCACAUUCUGUGACAGCUGUAGUUUGAAUUGAUGAUUCUUGUAAUGUUUUUCUUGUACUUAAAGAUACUGUAUUUGUAUCAAUUUCUCCGGUCCAUUAAACAUGAACAUAUUCUGAAAGAUUGCUUGCAGCUUCUUUAAAAGCUGUUAUACAAAUUAUAAGAAUAACAUUUGUUAAGCAAAUAUUUGAGUAUCAUAUAACAAAUGAAUAAACGCAAGCAAAGAAAACAGUCAAGGCAUUGCCAUAGCAUUUGAUGUGCCAUUGUUGUUAUGGGUCGUUGUUAUGAAAAGAAAAUCAUGUUGGCCAUAGCUUAAAAUUCAUUUUUAUAAAACAUUGCAGAAAUCACACUUUACCGUAAUAAUUGUCAAGUUAUGUCCCCUUGAUCGAUUGAGAAAAACUUGCUAGAUUUUACAUCCUCUAUCAGUGUUCUUAAUGACACUGUGUUUAUAAUAUAUAUGAAAAUAUUGAUAUACAUAUACUUAUACAUGUAUGGCCUAGUCUGCUUGAAAUAUUAAAGUGUCUGAAGCCUUUUUUUAUACAUAUGUCAAUUUAUCUUAAUAUAUAUUGGCAGUUAAAGUUGCUGUUGUGAUUAUUUAAUACUAAACUGAAUCUGAUAACUAGUGACUAGAAAAUAAAGUUUUUAUGUACAUGAACAUUUCAAAAUAUUUGGCAAAAACCCAAAGUGUUUUAAAACAGUUCAAGGCAUUUCUACAGUAUACUGAUUUUUGCUUUCUUGAAUAAGCAGUCCAGUGAAGUUAAUUUGUGCUUGUUAAUGUGUGCAUCUUUGCUUUAUAAGAUGAUUAUGUUAAAAUCAAUUGUGCAAAUAGUCUUCCUUUAUACAUAUUUUGCCAUAUCUAUAUUAUUUAUACGAGCCCCAUCGCACGAUUAUGGGCCCUCGAACAAUUGCUUUUAUUGUUUUUUUGGGGGGUAUGUUAAUUAAAUGAGGCAGUUAUACUGAAAUUUUCACGAUAUUUCUAAAAUUGCAGAAGAUAGAUGUUACUGACUAUAACCAUUGCAUCUUGAAUACUAAAUUUGAAUCAAACAGUCACGACAUUAUAACGAAACUCCAUCUUGUAAACAGGGAUGUGAUUGACCUGGCAGCUGGAGGGCUGUAACCAUUUCGGCCAUGGGUUCUUGGGGCACUUUUGGGGUCAAAAGCACACUGCCGUAGAAGAAAAACUGGUUUUUAGAAGCUCUUUUGAGGGUUCUUCUGACUUUAAAUUUGAAGCAAACUGGGAUACCAACUCCAACAACCAAAAGCACACU